UUUAGCCUGACUGUCUAGCCACUUCCGGCAGACAGGAGGCCGGCGUCAAGAGGCAAACAGUAUAAUUAUAUAUACACAUUAGAUUUUAAACAUCGUAGGGUUAUAUUAAUUAGUGAAACGACACGGGUUAACAUCCAGCAGGUAAACAACACGUUGCUACAUUGCUAAUCCAUCAGAACGCAGUAGAACCCGCUGUGCCUGCUUUAAUCAGUUGUAAGAAUGAAGUUAAAGGAAGAUCUCAACCCUUUUCUUUUACAAGUCUUGCACUUGAUAAUAUGGGUGUACUCUGCUGUAACUUUUCUGCCAUGGUACUUUCUGUCUGGAGCGAGUGAGAACCUUUCGCGGGCCAAGCGAGUUAAAGCGAGACCUGUGAAUAGCACCCCCGGGAGCCCCUACCGCUCUGAGAACAGUGUGCACUGCCUUGCCUCAGUGCUGUAUCCGGGCUGCGACACCUUGGACAAAGUCUUUGAAUUUGCCAAACACAAAUAUAAGGAAAGGGACUGUCUGGGAACUCGGGAGCUGAUCAGCGAGGAAGACGAGAUCCAGCCAAAUGGGAAAGUUUUCAAAAAGGUAAUCCUUGGCAAGUAUAACUGGCUGACGUAUGCAGAGACCUACCUUGCUGCUGCCCACUUUGGGAGUGGUCUGGCAGCGCUGGGGCAAAAGCCAAAGUCUAAUAUUGCCAUCUUUUGUGAGACAAGAGCCGAAUGGAUAAUUACUGCACAGGCCUGUUUCAUGUACAACUUCCCUCUUGUUACCCUGUAUUCAACCCUGGGAGGACCAGCUAUUGCACAUGGAUUAAAUGAAACUGAGGUCACUCACAUAAUCACCAGCAAAGAUCUGCUUCAAAGCAGACUGAAGGCAAUCCUGCUCCAGGUUCCGAGGUUACAGCACAUCAUCAUUGUUGAUGAUAAGCCAACUGCAUGGGCAGACUUUCCAAGAGGCGUAACGGUUCACAGUAUGGCAACGGUGCAAGCACUCGGGGCCAAAACACAAAACAUGUCCAAGCCUCCCAACCAGCCUGUACCUUCGGACAUUGCAGUCAUCAUGUACACUAGCGGAUCCACAGGGAUACCAAAGGGAGUGAUGAUUUCUCACAGCAAUCUCAUUGCUGGCAUAACAGGGAUGGCUGAAAGGAUUCCUAACCUCGGCAGGGAGCAGGAUACUUACAUUGGAUAUCUGCCAUUGGCCCAUGUGCUAGAGUUGAGUGCUGAGCUGGUCUGUGUAUCUCACGGAUGCCGUAUUGGCUAUUCAUCACCACAGACUUUAGCAGAUCAGUCAACCAAAAUCAAGAGAGGAAGCAAAGGAGACACAAGCGUAUUGAAGCCCACCCUGAUGGCAGCUGUACCAGAAAUUAUGGAUCGCAUCUACAAGAACGUUAUGACAAAAGUGGAAGAGAUGAACAGGGUACAGAGAACCCUCUUUGUUCUAGCAUACAAUUACAAAAUGGAGCAGAUUUCCAAAGGCUAUAGCACUCCACUGUGCGACAGUAUUGUUUUCCGAAAGGUGAGAUCUUUACUUGGUGGAAAGACCCGUGUGCUUUUGUCUGGUGGGGCCCCUCUGUCAGCAGCCACCCAACGAUUCAUGAAUAUCUGCUUUUGCUGCCCGGUAGGGCAAGGAUAUGGGCUCACAGAGACUUGCGGAGCAGGAACAAUUAGUGAAAUGUCAGACUACAGUACCGGCCGUGUAGGAGCUCCCUUGGUGUGCUGUGAGAUCAAAUUGAAGAACUGGGAAGAAGGUGGCUAUUACUGCACAAACAAACCUAACCCCAGGGGGGAGAUUUUAAUUGGUGGUCCAAAUGUCGCCAUGGGAUACUACAAAAAUGAAGUGAGAAACAAAGAAGAUUUCUUUGUGGAUGAAAAUGGCCAAAGAUGGUUUUGCACAGGAGACAUUGGAGAGUUUCACUCGGAUGGAUGCCUUAAAAUUGUCGACCGUAAGAAGGAUCUGGUAAAACUUCAAGUUGGAGAAUAUGUGUCUCUAGGAAAGGUUGAAGCGAUUUUGAAAAACUGUUCAUUAAUAGACAACAUCUGCGCAUACGCAAACAGCGAUCAGUCUUACGUGAUUGGCUUCAUUGUACCCAAUCAGAAGCAGCUUCUAGCCCUUGCAGAACUCAAGAAGAUACGUGGAACCUGGGAGGAGAUUUGCAACAACUCUGAGAUGGAGAAGGAGGUGAUAAGGGUGAUGGCUGAAGCUGCUGUUGGAGGCAAAUUGGAGAAGUUUGAAAUUCCAGUGAAAGUCCGCCUGAGUGCAGAGCCUUGGACCCCAGAGACCGGUCUGGUCACAGACGCCUUCAAGCUGAAAAGGAAGGCGCUCAAGACUCACUACCAGGAUGACAUUGAGAGAAUGUAUGGAGGAAAAUAAACCUCUCUGCGACACAGUCACACCCUGAUAUGACAAGCUCCGGUCCAACAGGAAAUACUUGAAUCGCAUUCUACACUUGAGACCAAAAAAAAGGGGGGGGCAGUGGUUAUCCCUCACCAGUGGUUGUCCCUCAUCUUUGUAACGCAGGAUUUCUGUCUUUCUGUGUGGAUGUAUUCACAGUCUUAUGUUGGUUGGGCAGGUUCAAGGCAAAGCUUUAUAAAAAAACAUUCAAAAGAAAUUAUCAUGACUUGUUACAAGAUUUAUUUUUAAAAGGAGACACUUUUCCAAGAAAACAACCAGAUGAUUUCCUCCUGAGCCUUCGAGUUUGGCACCGAAUGUGAAAUUGGAUUGUAUGUAAAAUAUGGUACAAUUUGUGGUCUUUGGGUUAUGACAUUUGCAGGGAUGAAUUAUAAAUUAGGCGAGUUAGGUUAUUUUGAGCCCUCCAUAAAGUAUUUUGUGAGAUAAUCAUUGAAUGCAAAUGUUUAGAAUUUUAGAAAUUACUAAAUAUUUGUAGCCUUGUGAUGAAAUUUGUGUUUCUUUUAAUUUUGUUCACUUUUAUGGAAGACGAUAUUUUAAACCCUUAUUCACAAUGUAUUAUGUGCCUGAUGCAAUAUGUUAUCUUGUGAUUGUUAUCUACAAAAAUAGGUUUUAGCGGGAUUGGGUUUUGUUCUAUUUUGGUAUGAAAAGUAAGAAUGAAAAAAAAAGUAACAAGAAAAGCAACAGUAGUUACAUCGGUUGACAUUUGCUUCAAAUCUAAAUAACAAAUCUAAUUUUUACCAUAAAAUAUACCGUAUUUAAGAUAUUCUUCAGCGAAUAAGUCAGUAAUGGAAUUACAUUUCCCAGUGUCUAAUAACCACAGAGAAGAGAAGUGUCCUGUUUUAAAUGGCUUUAUUUCAAUAUGCAGUUAAAGAUCUGAUGAUUCAACAGUCAGAUUGAUAGGUGCAUUGCUUUUCACCGGCAUAUACAUGCAUUUUUGAACCACCCACUAUAAUUGCAUAAAGUGACAUAAUCUGGCCUGGUCAAUAGAAUAAAUGUGCCUGCAGGUCAGGAAUUUUGAAUUUGUAUUUUAUUUUAUGUUUAUUACAGAUUUGUUGCAUUUAAAUAGGAAUUAAGCCCAUCACUCUUGAUGACCUUGUAACAUAAGGGAAUGAAGGCACCUAGUAUAGAUCAGAAGUGUUGAUACUCGAACCUUUUUUGCAAAUGUUGUUUCCAGAUUUUCUUUGUAGUACGACAGCUUUUAUUUACAAAAGUCAAUUUGUGCUUCUAUUAACUUUUUACCCUAUACACGAUACCUAACAAACAAUGUAAGGCGAGCGUGCAAUACAAACAAUUUCUUAUUUCAAUACUAAAUGGAUACACAGGUUUUCCCACAGAGCAUGAAUGUUUACUGGGCAAGUUUUUGGAAAAUGUGCAAAAUGAUACACUAGGCACUUGCAGUUUUUAAACCAUUAUUUAUUGCAAAUGUUUACAUGCGUUGUAAUAAAAAUUGUACAGUGUAAUUUGGUGACAGAUUAAACUUUGUGUCACAUGAUUUAAAAAAUAAUUAGUUCAUUGUUGGAAACUAGAAAGUGUUUUGUUUAGCUUUUUUUUGUUUUUUUGUUUUUUCUUGGGGGUUGAACAAAUGUGUCUGUGGUGUAACUGAGGUUGUCCUUCCAUAAAUCUUGGUCUGAGAUAUUUCCAUAAUAUGAAUUUCCAUGGAGAAAUGAUUUCAACCAGGUCAUCUUGUUUUUCGUCAAGGUUGAUGGCUUGAAACAGUCUUGGCAACUAAAAGAAACCAAUAGCACUGUAGUCAUUUCCAAAAAGCAAUCCCUGCAUCUUCCCAGAAAAAAAAAAAAAAAAAAAAAAAAACACUAUGCAAUGUGUUUGUGUUACUGCAGAAUGCUACUUGCUCUUUUGGUUGCCUGUUUAAAUGGUUUUAAAUAAAUGGUUCAUAGGAUAACAAAGUGUGUAUUAAAGAAUGUGUAAGUAGCCUGGUGAAAUGAAAGUGUUGUGUAAACACUUCCAUGUAGUAAUGUGCAUUCUUUGUAGGUGAAAAUGUAUAGCUUACACAUUGUGAAAUGUUAAAGGCCCUCCUUUCUCUUACUGUAAAUAUGUGGGUCUGUUACAAAACUUCACUGGAGUGGCCAGUUGUAUAAUAACUGUUCUAAUUAUAUUUAAGCUUCGUUAGAAUGACCAGUCAGGAGCCCCCCCCCCCC